AGUCAAGCGGAACCAUUCCAUUAACUGAAACCCACUCUCAUUUCAAUUUCCAAAACCAAAAGAAAAAACCAGCGAUUCAGAAAAUGAAGGCCCUUCUCACAAACUCCCCGCCACUGCCCACUACCAUGGCCUCCGAUCCCCACCCCUCUCCCACCACCACCGUCAUCACAAACACAAAAACGAACCCACCACCGUCCCCGCCACUGCCCACCACCACCGUCAUAAAAAACACGAACCCACCACCGUCCCCGCCACUGCCCACUGCCGUGGCCUCGGAUCCCCAUCCCUCUCCCACCACCGCCGUCACCACAAACACAAACACGAACCCACCACCGUCCCCGCCCCUGCCCACCACCAUGGCCUCGGAUCCCCACCCCUCUCCCACCACCACCACCGACACCACAAACACACGCCCCUUCCCCUUCCCCUUCCCAAUCCCAAUCCCAAACACAAACACAAACACGAACCGACCACCACAAUCAACAAGACCCAACAAUAUGUCUCCACUCCUAUGCCCACACCGCGACCACCUCUACCCAGCCCCCCAUCUCAUCAGACCAACCCCACAACAACCUUCUCACUAUCAGCAAGCUCUCUACCCACGCGCCUCCUUCGGCCGCGGCUUCAUCCCCAAACCCAUUCAACCUGUCACCGUCUCCGCCCACCCUUCUACUGCUGCUGCGUACCCACCUCGCCCUCUCGUCUACUACCCCCAACCCCACGUUCGCAGCCAUCCUGUCCAACCCAUGAGGCCUCCCCACCACCACUACUUGCAUCCUGCUCAGCUUGGAGGUCCGGGUCCGGGCUCGAUUCCGGGUCCGGGUCCCGGUCCGGGCAUUCCUAUUUCUUCUCCGCAACCCAAGGUUUGGGGUACGAUGUUGCCAUGUACCGUAACAGGGGAGAAGAGGCGCAGAGCACCGAAGGCGGACGCUUCGUCCUCUCGUACCAAGCCAAGGAUUGAGGAUUCAGACGCCACAGCAUCGGAGUCGGGAUCUACAUCGAUUGAGGUCUCCCCGACUACCUUACCGAUUACUUCACCGACCGGGAAUCAGGGAGUAGUACCACCCGCUGCAGGGACGUUUAAUUCCUCCAAGUUCAUUGACGCGGAUGCUUCGGAUAGGUACGACAGCAUCUUUGUAUCGAGAUCCGUACAAAUUGAGCAGCAUAUGUUUUUUGCUGAUUUCGAGAAGCGAUAUCCGAGAGUGAUGCAACUCUUCGAUCACCAGGUAUGGACGGAUAUGCUCUCCUCAACAGUCUCUAUAUCACUGAACUUGGUUCGGGAGUUCUACGCGAACAUGCACGACUUUAGCGAUGGCGCCUUUAAGUCGAGGUUGCGGGGUAAAACUUUCACGGUCAGCCCAGAUUUGAUUAGAGAGCUCAUUGGCACACCCUUAGUCAACAAGUCUCCAUAUCCCUGUUCCGCGGAUAGGCUUCCAACACGAAGCGAUCUCAUUCGGUGCUUUGUCGACGGCAAGCCUACUACAAUGAAUGAGGUAGGUGUAGGUUUUGGCCUUGUUGAUUUGCCAGUGGAUUACCGCCUCAUCUACCGUAUUGUUGCGAAGAGCCUGCAUCUGAUUGACAGCACCGACCCCAUGGGAUACUUCCUAUACACGUUGUUGGAGCAAAAUCCCAUAGACUUCAGCUCGCACGCCAUCGACCUGAUAUGGAAUUUUCCACGAACAAGCAAGGAUGCAAUGUUACCUUUUGGAGGUCUCAUCAUGCACAUUGUCAUGAGCUUUGGCAUAGAUCCUGUCAUAGGAGGGGACAUCAAGACCCCCCCGAGGCCUUUCAAGAAGAACUUCAUCUGGACAACCGAGGAUCGCCUACUCAAAAAGGCAGUACCCCUGCCAGAUGAGCCCGAGCAGCCAGCCAAGCCAGUACAUCCAUCAAAUGGAGCGCCGACCUCCAAGCCUACUCUAACAACCCAAGACUUGCCGACACUAGUAGCUCAACUUGUCCAGGAGGUGAGCCAACUACGUGAAGUGGUGGCUAAGCAGGAGACGACAAUCACCUUGCUGCAGGAGACGCUUGAUGAUCACAUCACCGCUUUUGCCGAGGAGCGGGGCAUGUUGGCGAACGAUCGACAGAUUCAAGGUCACACGCUUGCAGUCGUUGAUGAGAUCCGGGAGCAGAAGAAGUAGGGUGGAGGUUCACUUGAGGAGUUCUUUGAUGGAAUAGGUCGUUUUGAAGAGACCGUUUAGUUAUGUUUUUAUGUAUUUCUCAAAUUUUUAUUUUAUUUAUGUUGUGAUGUUUUGGAUACAUUCUUGGGAGUUUUUAGGUUGUGUUGCCUACAAUAGUUUUUGGGGAUUGUAUAUUGGAUACUGUCUUUUGUGUUUAUUAUGGUUGUGCUUGGACAAUUUCCACCAUGGAGGUGGUAAUCCUUUGGGUAUUAUGCACACUAUGAUUUUAGGUA